ACAUACACACUGGAGGGUAUGGUUACCCUGCAGUUGGUGCCAUGCAGAGUUAAGCUACAACAAACUAGAUUGCGUCCACUGGAGCUGCUGCUGCUGUUUUCUCUGACCAAGGAUUUGUGGCUUUUUCCUUCUUUUCGCCCCUCGGUCUGUUGUUCCUCUCUGAUUUAUCAGUUGUUCUACUACCAGCCUACUGAUUUUUCUCCUGCAUUGACAUGGAAACAUCCCAACUCACUGAACCAAGUCUGAUGCAUGUAGGCUAUGACCCAAUCUGAAACCUGCACUAACCCAACUGUAAUAGGCCUGCAGUGUAUCCGGUUGCAGAAGAUGUUCACAGAAUCGAAGUUUCCUUCAGCCGACUGGAUCCACACAAAGUUAAGGCACAGGAGGGAAAGUUUCUGAACUCCGCUGGCCUCCAUCCACUGGGGGACUUGGAAGAGCCUGGGGCGACAUGAGGCUGUGUAACCGGGGUAUGCUGAUGCUGCUGACCACGGCGGGGGCUUUCUGUGCCUUCAGCCUCAUGACCAUCGCAGUGGGCACGGACUACUGGCUGUACUCCCGCGGGAUGUGCCGCUCCAAGAACCUCAACGACAACGAGACCGUCCGCAAGAACGAGGAGGUCCUGACCCACUCCGGUCUGUGGAGGACCUGCUGCACUGAGGGGACAUUUCGGGGCGUUUGCAAAGACAUUGAUCAUUUUGCUGAGGAUGCAGACUAUGAGCAGGAUGCCGCAGAGUAUUUACUACGAGCAGUCCGAGCCUCCAGCCUCUUCCCCAUCCUCAGUGUGGGAUUAUUGUUUCUUGGAGGUGUGUGUGUAGCUGCCAGCGAGUUCUACAAGUCACGUUACAACGUCAUCCUCAGUGCGGGUAUACUCUUUGUCUCUGCAGGUCUCAGUAACAUUAUUGGCAUCAUCGUGUACAUAUCAGCAAACUCAGGGGACCCUAGCCAGAGCGACCAUAAGAAGAGCUACUCCUAUGGCUGGUCUUUUUAUUUUGGAGCUCUGUCCUUUGUGCUCGCUGAGAUGGUGGGCGUCCUUGCAGUUCAUGUGUUCAUAGAAAAACACAGACAGCUGCGCACUAAAGGCCGUCCAUCCCUCAUUAAGCCGCCCAUCUCUCGCAGUUCAUCUUACUACCGGAACCGAUGCUACCAGAACCGCUCACGCCGAUACAGUUACAGGGGCAACAGUGCAGGGGACUCGAUCUCCCACUCCAUUCGAGCAUCCUUGGUGCGAGACAGAGAGCCGUCGUUCUCAGCUGAAUCCAAAGCCAUGGAAUGUUUGCCGCCGCCGGUGACAGUGGGCUCAGAGUUCAUGCUUUACACCUUGACCUCCCCUUUCAAAGACAGUAAGAUUGACAUACCUGUGGAUGACUUAACUACUGAAGCGGUGCACAACAACACAGAGAUGCUGCCUGGAAACUGUGCUGCCAACAGAAGAACCACGCCUGUCUGAGAGGACGAUGUACAGGGAUUAAAUACAAGGAACUUCUGUGAAAGAGGAAGAUUAAAUGAAAGGAAGUCCUCGCAAACUCUUGGUGCAAAAAGAGGAAAAAUGUGAGCGUCCUGAAUAGGCCUGCAUCAAUUAAUCAUUCAGAAACUAAUGAAAUAAGUCACAAUGACAAUUCCCUAGAGCCCAGCUUGACUUCCCAAAAUGCUUGUUUUGUCUGACCAAAAGUCCAAAACCCACAGAUAUUCAACUAACAAUGAUACAAAACAAAGAAAUUAAGGUCAACCUUGUGUUUGAGAAGCUGGAAUGGGAGCAUGUGGAUUUUAGAGUGAAAAAUACCUAACUUGGCUCUUUGUAUGCUAUGUCAUAUCCGCAGUAUAUCUGUAGUGUGUGUGAAUGAGUGUGUACAAUAAUGGGAAUGUGUGUAUGCGACAGAAAAUCAUGCAGAGAAAAACAGAAAGGAGGAGCGUUUCGUGAAAAUAAGAAACUAUGACAUAGAAAUACAAGACACACAUAAACAUACAUCUGGGAAUGACAUACAGUAACUAACAAUGUCCUGUUCCUGUCGUCCUUUUUGUGGACCUGAGCUCAAAAUCGAAACCCCAUUAAAAGCAUUAGAGCGCUCUCCA